AAUUCCCGCACAGAUAGUUGGAUCAGUUUACGGCGUGAGGCUCAUCUUGCAAACAGUUCCCGGGAUAGGACGUGGGCCACGCUUAAAUGUUGAUAUUGCAGCGGGAGCAUUGACUGAAGGUUUUCUGACAUUUUCAAUUGUGAUAAUAUCACUUGGUCUGUCCAGAAAAGUUAGCGACAGUUUCUUUAUGAAAACUUGGAUUUCAAGUCUCUCCAAGCUCACUCUUCACCUUCUUGGUUCGGAUCUCACUGGGGGAUGCAUGAAUCCAGCCUCUGUAAUGGGGUGGGCUUUUGCUAAUGGGGAGCACAUAACGAAGGAGCAUUUGAUCGUCUAUUGGCUUGCACCCGUUGAGGCCACUUUAGCUGCAGUUUGGGUGUUUGGCAUACUAUUUCGACCUAAGAAGGAUGAGCCAUCAGCUGCUAGAAAGAACGACUCCCCACAGCUGAAGUCUGAAAAAUCUGAUUGA